AUGGACAGACAGAAGCCGCUCAGACUCGUGGACCUGGCCGCCCAGAGCCUUUUAGAGGAUGAAGCCGCUGCCAUAGCCACCCUGCAGUCACUUCAGAGGGAAUGCUUUCCGCCCCUGUUCGUGUUGGCUGUUGCAGGCAGACGCUGCAGAACGGUCCAGGCGAUGGUAGAGGCCUGGCCGUUCCCCUACCUCCCCCUGGGGGCUCUGCUGAAAACUCUGCAGUGUGAUCAGGACAUCUUGAAAGCAGCCCUCAAGGGCAUCGAUGUGCUGCUUACCUGUGACUUUCGACCUACACAUUGGAAACUCCAAGUGCUGGAUCUCAGAAGUGACGCUGAGACCAACUUCUGGCAUGUGUGGGCUGGGCUUGGAGAUGGGGUCUCAGCGAGCCUCUCAUGCGAGAGUGUGGCUGCGCAGGCCAGCCCAGAGAGGCGCGGAGUGGGGCACGCCUGCACAAGAGAGAAGGAGCAGCACUCGGCCGAAGCGGGAGUGCUGGUGCUGCUGUCGGACCUGUGCUUCACGGAGCCCUCUCCAGAUGAAUUGCUCACUUUCCUUGCGAAGAGGGUCAAAGAGAACAAACUACUACCCCAACUGUGCUGUAGGAGGCUACAGUUUAUUUUUGAGCCAUUGACAUUACACAUUAUCACAAAGAUCUUUGAUAAGGUACACCUGGACUGUGUGGAGGAGGUAGAAGUCCGCUGCCACUGGGAAAUGAAAUACAUCGUUAAAUUUACUCAAUACCUGCGGAAGAUGGUUCAUCUCAAGAGCUUAUACUUUGGUCAAGCUUUUCUUGACCACUGGACCCACUGGGAGGCAACAGCGGUAACGUGGCUGUGUGCUCAUUUCUCCAGCGCGGUAGUACACCUGCAGCAUCUCCGCCACCUCCACAUAUGCGGAACCAGCUCUCUUCUUGGCCAAUUUCAUCAGGUCUUCAGGCACCUGGAGGCCCCACUAGAGAGCCUCGGCCUUACUGAUUCUUGUAUAACAGGAUCUGACUUGGAAUACUUGUCCAGGUGUUCGAGCAUCUGCCGCCUGAGUAUUCUGCAUCUCAGAAAUGUGCAGAUGGUAGGCGUAGAUGCUGGGUUCCUCAACAUUCUGCUGGAGAGAAUCUCAGGCACCCUGAAAGAACUGGACUUGAGUGGCUGUGGCAUGACUGACACCGAGUUCACAGCCAUCCUCCCUGCCCUGGGCCGCUGCUCCCAGCUCGAUUUCCUCAGGUUCUGUGGAAACUCGGUCUCCAUGGACGUCCUGCAGAGCCUGCUGCUGCGCACCCUCCCUCAGAACAUGAUCAGGGUGCUGGAGACGCCGCUCCCUCGGGAGUGCUAUGUGAGCUGCGGAGGAACGAGAACCGUAGACAUGACGACUGUGCGGAAUUGGCUGGACCAGCUGAAUCAGAUCCUGGAGGACCUGGGACUGGGGUUGGAAUGGUUAGAGCAGAACCUUUACCCAGAGAAAAACUGUAUUUCAGUAACCUUCGACUUUACACUGUAG